UUGUUUCAUUGCUUGUCACUUUACCAACGCCCCUUGCCGGUGUUUGAAAUACGUCCGCAAUACAAGAAUUUAAACAGAACGUCUGCCGCGGAUCUAGAGCUGGGUGGACAUGUUGUUGCUUUGUUACUAGCUUUGCUGACGCCUUGUGGAGCUGCAAGAAUCAUGUCUGGUCGAGGAAAAGGAGGGAAGGGACUAGGCAAGGGAGGUGCAAAGAGACAUCGUAAAGUCCUUCGAGACAAUAUUCAAGGAAUCACCAAGCCAGCCAUCCGUAGAUUGGCACGCCGGGGGGGAGUCAAGCGAAUUUCAGGUCUAAUUUACGAAGAGACAAGAGGUGUGCUCAAGGUGUUUCUGGAAAACGUAAUCCGUGAUGCUGUGACCUACUGCGAGCAUGCCAAGCGGAAGACUGUCACAGCAAUGGAUGUGGUAUACGCCCUCAAGCGCCAAGGACGGACCUUGUACGGAUUUGGCGGGUAACCAACAACAACCGGAGGCAUCGUCAGGCACAGAUUGUUUGUUUCGCCUUAAAACUCUUACAUCUUGUCGCAAUCAAUUACCUUUCAUGAUUGACACUUCCUUCAAAAACAGCAUUAUCUUAAAUAGUAGCAUACGCCUGCUUUUGUGCGUCAUUAUUUACUUCCAAACUCCAACAAUUUUAAGGGUACCGGCGCUGAAUGUACGUUGUUGGAUGAUGUGUGGGUCUAUUGUUGCUGAAAAAAUAUUUUCUCUGUGACGGUAACCUGUAAAGAUCCGUGAAAGAUAAACCUCGCAGUUUUCUGUAUCUUUACACAUUUGUCCUGGCAGGAAACCUACACCAAUUCAACUUGUGUAAGUGAAUCACUAUUCAGAUUUGUAUUAAUGAUAAGAAACUGUGCAUCACGUCAUUAUAAAAAAAUCUAAUGGCUGAGCUGCAGUUAUUUUUGUCCAAGUAUUACAUUAUGGUUUUUAUAUGUGCUUUGUACUUUUCUUGGGGAUAACUGCUAUUGUAUCAUUUGAUAAAGUUCCUAGAGUAGUGAGUCAGUAACAAAAUGUGUAUUAAAUGAACGAUGCCGUUUUCUGAACCACACUGUGUAAUUUUGAUUAUAAACUCCUAGAAAAGACCAACAACCAAAGAAAACAGACCCAUGUCGAAGAUAAUUUCAUAAAAUAUUGCUCUGGGUAGCCUGGUUUGAUAUGUUUAUAUGGGAACGUUUGAUGAUUCAUUUUAUCUUUGGCUUAUUCUGCAGCGCAGUGACCUCCAUAUUUAUAGCCAAGUCAGUCUUAACUGAAUUAAAAUUAAUUGAAUGAUACAUACACUUGCGGAAAUUGACUGAGAAAUGUUUUUUGACCCGAGUCUGAAAUCCCUCUUGCUAUUUUCCAUGGGAUUAUUUUUUGUUGACAUUCAAAAGAUGAACCCAAAUGAGUGAUUUAUGAUGUCGAAUUGAGGGCAUAACUGGACUGGUUUAAGUCACUGGUGCGUCACGGUGCUGGUCCCCUUCCUUUUUUUUGAUAAUGUUUGAAUACUAGUUGCUUACAUAUUUUUAUCUUUGUGUGAACCAUCAUGAAACGUCAGUCCUACAGCUUUGUACUCCUCAGUCUUGGAAUUAGGCAACUCAAGUCGGUGGAAAGAGUAUUAUUAAAAACUUUUUUUGGGGGGGUUACGAAUACCAUUUAACUUUUAUUGAUUUAUGUAAGGACAAAGACGUGUAUAUGCACAUCUUAAUUAUGUCGCACUCAAAGGAAACUGGCGCACUCGCGAUUCUUACGUGCCAAGUAUUUGUUAUUCAUGCUUU